AGAGAGAGAGAGAGAGAGAGAGAGAGAGAGAGAGAGAGAGAGAGAGAGAGACUACUCCAGUCGGCACCCUUGGGAAGAAACAUCCAAUCCACCGGCUGCCAUCUGAUUUUGCUCUUAUUCGUUUGGGAAUAUCGAUCCGCACUGAGCAAUAAGGGACUACUUUAUCCAAGAGGAAACUUCGCGUCCGUCUGUAGGUCAGCAGCAUCCUCUCCUCAGGCGCGCGCUCUUAAAAAACCCGGAUAAAAUGGUAAUAAGGCGACUAACAUCCCCCUGCGUUCAUUCAUAAGUGGUGACAAGUCGUCUUAUUUGGCUCGGAUGCGCGUCGGAGGAGGUUUCAGGCGGUCUCCCUUCAGCGCAGGGGAGAAGUGAACAGGACGAGCUCGCCGGAGGAAUACAAAUUAUAGUUGUGAAAGACAGAAAAAAAAAAAAAAAAACCGUCCAACAAGAAGAAUGAGUCGAGCUGCCGGUGUGGAGCGUUAAACACCAGAGAUUUCGUUUUUUUUAAUUUGUUGUUCUUAUUGCCAGGCUGCUUUUUGUUUCCAGCCACCGAGAGGAUUCAAAUAAUUCCAGUGUUGUUGUAGUUUUGUGUGAUCUGCAAACAAAACGGAGGCAUGACAGUCAAGCUGGACUUUGAGGAGUGUUUGAAAGACUCUCCGCGCUUCAGAGCUGAAAUCGAAGUCGUCCAAAACGAUGUGAGUGAACUUGAGACACGAUUAGACAAGCUUGUGAAACAAUGCCAGGCGAUGCUGGAGGCGGGCAGGGCCUACUGCCAGAGCAGCAAGAGCUUCGUCAACGGCCUCCGGGAGCUGGGACACCACUGCUCCGGGGACAAGAUGAUGGAGGAGUGUUUGGACAAAUUUUCCAAAAAGCUGUCUGUCAUCUUGGAUGCACAGGGGGAAGUGAUUGAGACCACGCAGAAGUCAGUCAAGACGAAGCUGCAGACCUUUGUCAAAGAGGACGUGCGUCGGUUCAAGGAUGUGCGCAAGGAGUUUGAGCGCAGCAGCGAAUGUCUGGAGGGGGCGCAGGGGAGGAACGCUCAGGCCCCACGGGGGAAACAACACGAAGUGGAGGAGGCGAGCAACGCUCUACUCAACGCACGGAAGGCCUUUCGGUCUGAGGCCCUGGAUUACGUCCUGGAGAUUAAUGUCAUUGAGGCCAAGAAGAAGACAGACAUUUUGAUGGCAAUAUUGUCGCUGAUGGAGGCCCAGGCCCAGUUCUUCCAACAAGGGCACCAGUCUCUGUCAGAACUGGACGAGUAUCGACGAAAACUGAAUGAAGAGCACACUCAGUUUGUCCUAAACUCCGCCCGGGAGAAGAGGGACAUGGAGCAAAGACACGCUGCAAUCAAGAAAAAGGACGUGUCCUACGAUGACUCCAUCAUGGAUUUCAAUGCUGACGCAGCUAACGGGAUCGCCAUGGAGGGAUACCUCUACAAGAGAGCCAGCAACGCCUUCAAGACCUGGAGCAGGCGUUGGUUUUCAAUUCAAAAGAAUCAGCUGGUGUAUCAGAAGAAAUUCAAGGACCAGCCUACAGUUGUGGUGGAGGACUUGCGUCUUUGCACAGUCAAGCCCAGCGCUGAAAAUGAGAGACGAUUCUGCUUUGAAGUGGUCUCCCCGUCAAAGUGUUGUUUGUUGCAGGCAGAUUCAGAAAGGCAGCAGCAGGCAUGGAUCAGCGCCGUCCAAAACAGCAUCGCCUCAGCCUUUCAGGAGCGCAGAGAGGACCCACACAGCCCAAGACAGCGCUGCAGCUCGAUGUCGGCAAGCAAUUUGGCUGCAGGGGGGGGAGGAGGUGGAGCGGAUCAGGAGAAAGAGGGCUGCAAGGCACUGGAGGAGGUUCAGGCGAUCCCGGGCAACAAACAGUGCUGCGACUGCGGGGAGCCCGGGCCUGAUUGGGCCUCCAUCAAUCUGGGCAUCACGCUUUGUAUCGUCUGCUCAGGAAUACACAGGAGCCUGGGAGUCCAUUUCUCCAAAGUACGCUCCCUCACUCUUGACUCCUGGGAGCCAGAGCUCAUUAAGUUGAUGUGUGAAUUGGGAAACACGGUAAUCAACAGGAUCUACGAGGCCCGGAUCGAUGAGAUCACCAUCAAGAAACCGCACCCCUCCAGUCCCAGAGGAGACAAGGAGUCAUGGAUCAGAUCAAAGUACGUUGAAAAGAAGUUUAUCCAAAAGCUGCCUGAGACUGGCAGGAACCCCCUGCUGAGGAGAUCCAGUGCCAGGAGGAACCGAGCGACCACACAGGACCGGACUGUACAGCGACCGCCGCUCAAACCCAAACCCAACCGAGCCACCCUACCUCGGGUCACAGGGCUGAGCCCGAGUGACCUUGUCCAGAAGAACAAUACAGGCUUCCACAAAGAUGAGGACGAGGAAGAAGAGGACCUGAGCGGACUUCACCCUGGGGCGCUGCUGUACCGCUCGGCAGCCCUGCAGAACUUCCCCGUCAUGGCCGACGCUUUGGCCCAUGGGGCCGACGUCAACUGGGUCAACGUGGCCGAGGACUCCAGCACGCCGCUGAUACAGGCCGUCACAGCAAACGCUUUGGCAGCCUGCGAGUUCCUGCUGCAGAACAGCGCUAACGUCAACCAGGCGGACAGCAACGGGAGGGGACCGCUGCACCACGCCACCAUCCUGGGUCACACUGGGUUGGUUUGUCUCUUCUUGAAGCGAGGAGCAGACUACAACGCCAGAGACAAGAGCCAGAAAGACCCCAUAACUAUCGCUGUGGACGCCGCCAACGCUGACAUCGUCACUUUGCUGCGGAUCGCCAAGAUGAACAAGGAGAUGCGGGAGAUGGACGGAGCGUUUGGCCAACCAGGUGAUGAAACCUACCAGGACAUCUUCAGAGACUUUUCACACAUGGCCUCAAACAACCCCGAAAAGCUCAAACGCCGCAGUGCAGACCCCAAAACUUAACCAGCUGUUGCCUCCUCUCCACCCUGCUGUAUAAUGCCACAUCUCACACAUACUUUAACCUACACACGUAUACACACACACACACACACACACAGAAAACAUGCCAGUAUCCAACUCACAGGCAUGCAGACACACACACACACACAUAUUUUCCCUGGCUACCUGCCACAUGUUCAGUCAUAGCUCAGCUGGUGUUGACUUCAGAGGGGAUGAACACUUCAAACAGUGAAAUCUUUGUGUGAACACGUCAGACCAGAACAAUUGUGUCCAAGUGGAAACACUGGAACAGCUUUAUGAGACCAGCACGAGGCGUCUUUAUAUGUAGCAGAGGGUAACGCCGUCACUCUGCCAAGAUUUUCUAAUUAAAUCCUGUAAAUCUGUUUUUUUUUUUUUUCCUUCAGCUCAAGGGGCUGUUUUAAUGUUUCUUAGCCAUUUCUAUUGAAUUGUUACAUGAUGAAGAAGUGAAAAUGUUUGUUGGAAAUGGACCUAAUUCUGGCAAAACACACCUUUUAUGUCAACUGUCUUCCAUUCGGUUGUAAUGUAAACAGAUUUUUACAUGUGGGGACAUUUUUAGACACUGUUCAUAUCUGUUUUGUUAAAGUGUCAGGUACUUGAGAUUUGUAGCAUGAACAAAUAAAACACAAUACCACUUACUUUUUUAAACUUA